GCUCCCGACCGCUUUAGCUCAACCUCCGAAUUGGACCAGACACUACCCGGAUACAGUAAUUCCCUGCUUGCUUCGCCAUGGAGUGCUCAUAAUGACGUGAAGACUCCUCAUUCUUGCAAUAAGAGUACCAGGUACCAUGGCGGUGGUUAUUGACGUUGUCAACCAACCGGAUUUAAUGACAAAACGGAAACUUCUCUGCAGUUUUCCGAUUUACCACGCGUCUGCUCUCUCCAGCCUCACUCAUCAUGGUUUUGGCGAAGAAAUUUGGUCUCCUCGGCUUAGUGACGGCGUUCUCGAGCGCACAGCAACUCCGCUCCGAUCCUGGCGUCGCGGGACCUCCUCUUGAAGUAGUUCAUCUGUACAAUGACCAGUGGCCGACAGGAGUCACUGUGUCGAAGGAUGGAAGGAAAUUCUCGAACUAUCCUCCUGGCCUUGACGCGAACAACACGAAUGAUGGCAGCAAUGGGAAAUACACGGUUGCGGAGUUAAUAGGAAAUAACACUGAGCGGCCCUAUCCGAGUGCUCAAAUCAACAAUCCGCCUGGAGGCUCAAUCAACUAUUCCACUUCUCCCGCCUCCGGCGCAAACUACCCGAACUACCUCAUCGGCGUGCAAUCUGUCGUCCUCGACCCCCUCGACCCCCUCGACCGCCUCUGGAUCCUCGACACAGGCCGCGCCCUCACCCAAAACAGCACUCUCGUCCCCGCCUCCCCUGGCGGCCCCAAACUCCUCUGCGUCUCCCUCUCCACCGACUCCGUUAUCCAGACCAUCGUCUUCCCUCCCAUGGUCGCAUAUCCAGACUCGUACCUCAACGACAUCCGUUUUGAUCUGCGGCCUGAAAAUACGGCAAGCGGCGGCGGCGUGGCGUAUAUCACGGACAGUAGUUCAGAGGGCAGAAAUGGGAUUAUUGUGGUCGAUUUGGGCGCGGGCGUGAGCUGGAGGCAUUUGAACGGCAUAACGGAGGUUAGGGCCGAGAGGAGCUUUGUGCCGUAUGUUUGGGGCACACCACUAUACUACAUCCCCGGGUCCGGUCUCCCACUCACUACUGUACCCCUCGGCUCCGACGGCAUUCCCAUAUCCGCAGAUGGAAAUGAGCUUUUCUGGGGUCCCGUGGGCGGCCGAUACCUUUACUCCAUCCCGACUGAACGCCUUCGCCAUCAGAGUCUGAACUCGGAGCUGCUGGCGCAGGCGGCGGUGCAAAAUCGCGGUCAAAGAGGCGUGAGUGAUGGGUUUGAGACGGACACAAAUGGCUUUAUCUACGCGGGGAAUAUGGAGCAGAACGGCAUCUCGUUUUACAACCCCGCCAAUGCUUCUACGACCCUCUUCGUUCGCGAUCCGAGGAUCAACUGGGUCGAUACUAUGUCCGUGGGGAGUGAUGGAUAUCUGUACUUCACAGUCAACCAGUUGUGCUUUACGCCAGGGUUCUAUCCGGGCACGGAUAGGAGGGAGAGACCUUUCGUGCUGUUUCGAGCAAAGCUUCCCGGGAACGGGACGAGAGUGUCGCUGCAAUAGGCUGGAUUUUACUUCCGGUAUACAACAGAAAACACAGACAAUCUGGAACGAAUAAAAAGCGGUCGAAGAAGAG